CUGUUGCUUCCUUCAUGGCCUUCAAGAACGUGUAUUUGGAAAAGUGGUCCACCACAAUGAAGAUCCAGGCAUGCCCUUUCUUCGACCCCGAGUACUUGCCAAGGAAGUCGAUGUACAGCUUCUGGAAUGGCCGCUCAGUCUGUACUCGCUCACCGAUUCCGACCAUCAUACGGUGAUUCGGCGCCUUCGACUCCUUGCAGCCCUGGCAUCUUCGAACAAAUUCCCGAACCUGCAGCACCAUCCCGGGCCAGUAGAACUGCCUCCGAAGGAUCUCCAUGGUCUUCCCCAUUCCGCCGUGUGCUGCCUUUGGGUCCGUAUGGGCUCGCUCUAUCAGGCUGUGGGUCAGACUCUGCGGUAUCCAGAGCUUCCACGCCGAUCCGUCCGCCUCGUCGUCCAAAGUUGCCGGGGAGGUUCGCUUGAAGAUGAGCCCGUCCUCAAUCCUAAGAUCCGCAAAUUCGGUGGUCUCAAAACCCAGCAACUCUGUCAGGUCCACCGAGAUCUCCUCCACGCAUCGCGAAAGCGUGUCUGCCACCACGUUCUCGCUACCUUUUCGGUGUUCGAUUGUAAAGUUAAAACCCUGGAGCUGCAGAGACCACCUGGCCAGGCGUCCCGACAGAUCUUUCAUGGACAUCAACCACUUCAAGCUAACGUGAUCCGUGAUGCACGUAAACGGCAUGCCUUCCACGUAUGGUCGGAACUUCCGGAUCGCCAGGAGGGCUGCCAGGCACUCUUUUUCGGUGACGGUGUAAUUCACCUGGUGCUUGUUCAUCUUCGCCGAGAAGAAUGCUAUCGGAUGCUCCUGGUUGUCCUCGUUCUUUUGGAAAAGAACGGCUCCAACCCCGAUGUGUGAUGCGUCACACUGAAUAUAAAUGUGCCGCUUGAAAUCGGAGUGCACCAGGACUGGUGC